AUGGCUAGAAGAAAGAAUUAUAAAAAGGGAAACAAGAAGACUUUUGGCGCUCGUGAUGACUCGAGAGCUCAAAAGAACUGGUCUGACUUGGUAAAGGAAAAUGAAAAAUGGGAAAAAUACUACAAGACCUUAGCUCUCUUCCCAGAAGAUCAAUGGGAGGAGUUCAAGAAGACAUGUCAAGCCCCACUACCCCUAACCUUCAGAAUUACAGGCUCUAGAAAGCAUGCUGGUGAAGUUUUAGAUCUGUUCAAGGAAAGACAUCUACCUAACUUGACUAAUGUCGAAUUUGAAGGUGAAAAAAUCAAGGCCCCGGUAGAGCUGCCUUGGUAUCCAGACCACCUUGCUUGGCAAUUGGACGUUCCAAAGACUGUCAUUAGAAAGAACGAACAAUUUGCAAAGACUCAGAGAUUUUUAGUUGUUGAGAAUGCGGUCGGUAAUAUCUCAAGACAAGAAGCUGUUUCAAUGAUCCCUCCAAUCGUGCUUGAAGUAAAACCUCAUCAUACCGUUUUAGACAUGUGUGCUGCUCCAGGUUCAAAAACCGCCCAAUUAAUCGAAGCCUUACACAAGGAUACAGAUGAACCAUCUGGGUUUGUUGUCGCUAAUGAUGCCGAUGCUAGAAGGUCUCAUAUGUUGGUCCACCAAUUGAAAAGAUUAAACAGUGCUAACUUAAUGGUUGUCAACCAUGAUGCUCAAUUUUUCCCACGUAUCAGAUUGCACGAAAACUCAAAGAACAAGAAUGACAUUUUAAAAUUCGACAGAAUUCUUUGUGACGUGCCAUGUUCUGGUGAUGGUACCAUGAGAAAGAACGUUAACGUCUGGAAAGAUUGGAACACACAAGCAGGUCUUGGUUUGCAUACUGUUCAAUUGAAUAUUCUGAAUAGAGGUUUGCAUCUCCUAAAAGAUAGUGGUAGAUUAGUUUACUCCACUUGUUCCUUGAAUCCUAUCGAAAAUGAAGCUGUUAUAGCUGAAGCACUAAGGAAAUGGGGUGACAAAAUCAGAUUGGUCAAUUGCGAUGAUAAACUAUCUGGUUUAGUAAGAUCUAAGGGUGUAUCUAAAUGGCCCGUUUAUGAUAGAAAUUUAACUGAGAAGACCAAGGGAGACGAAGGCACAUUGGAAAGCUUUUUCGCGCCAUCUGAAGAAGAAGCCUCUAAAUUCAAUUUGCAAAAUUGUAUGAGAGUUUAUCCUCACCAACAAAACACAGGUGGGUUUUUCAUCACUGUUUUUGAGAAAGUUGAGGAAAAAAUUGAACAAGAGGCUACUGAGAAAUUAUCCUCAGAAACUCCAGCCUUGGAAUCCGAAGGACCUCAAACAAAGAAAAUAAAGGUGGAAGAAGUUCAAAAGAAAGAAAGAUUACCACGUGAUGCUAACGAAGAGCCUUUUGUUUUUGUUGACCCACAACACGAAGCUUUGAAGGUCUGUUGGGACUUUUAUGGUGUUGACAACAUCUUUGACAGAAAUACUUGUCUAGUUCGUAAUGCUACUGGUGAACCAACCAGAGUAGUUUAUACUGUAUGUCCGGCUUUGAAGGACGUUAUUCAGGCUAAUGAAGACAGAUUGAAGAUUAUUUAUUCCGGUGUAAAAUUAUUCAUUUCUCAAAGAAGCGAUAUCGAAUGUUCAUGGAGAAUUCAAAGUGAAUCACUACCAAUAAUGAAGCAUCAUAUGAAAUCCAAUAGAAUUGUUAAAGCUAACUUGGAAAUGCUAAAACACCUAUUGAUCGAAUCAUUCCCCAAUUUUGACGACAUCCGUUCGAAGAACAUUGACAAUGAUUUUGUCGAAAAAAUGACUGUUUUAAGCUCUGGCUGUGCAUUCAUUGAUGUAUCAAGAAAUGACCCUACCAAGGAAAACUUAUUCUUACCUGUAUGGAAGGGUAACAAGUGCAUUAACUUAAUGGUCUGCAAGGAAGAUACCCAUGAGCUAUUAUACAGAAUCUACGGUAUUGAUGCGAACGCCAAGGUUGCUCCAAAACCUGAAGAAAAAGAAGAAACGACGGAAACUCCUGCUGAAACUCCUGCUGAAACUCCUGCUGAAACUCCUGCUGAAACUCCUGCUGAAACUCCUAGCGAGGCUAAAUGA